GGGAGGGCGUGCGGCGGGCGGGCCUGACGUCGGGGGCGUCCGAUCCGAGUCCGCUCUCCAUCACUCCUGGCAAGUGCCUGGCCGCGCGGAGCUGAGCGCGAAGGUCUUGGAGCUCGGGGCGGCUGCACCAACCGCACCUGCGGGGACCUCGCGCCUCGCCCCAAGCGCGGCUCGGUUGCGGUGCUCCGCUGUCCUCUGGGCAUGGCGCGCGUGAAGACCGGCUCUCCCGACUGCACCGGCCGCCUGUGAGCCGGAGAGCCGAGGACCGAGCGCGAGCGCGACCGCGCGCACGAUGCCUGUCCGGGCGGAGGUGCACUCGGCUUGGCGCACGGUGGCCCUGGCGCUGCUGCUACUCCCCGCCGUGCCUGCAGCCUCCUCGCCGCGCCCCCCGCGCCCGCUGCAGCCAAGCAUGCCGCACGUGUGUGCAGAGCAGAAGCUGACCCUGGUGGGCCACCGGCAGCCCUGUGUGCAAGCCUUCAGCCGCAUGGUGCCUGUGUGGAGAUCUGGCUGUGGACAGCAGGCAUGGUGUGUUGGCCAGGAGCGCAGGACUGUGUACUAUAUGAGCUACAGGCAGGUGUACGCCACAGAGGCCCGCACUGUGUUCAGGUGCUGUCCCGGCUGGAGCCAGAAGCCUGGCCAGGAAGGAUGCCUCUCAGACGUGGAUGAGUGCCGUGCUCACAACGGUGGCUGUCAACACAGGUGUGUGAACACCCCCGGCUCCUACCUCUGUGAGUGCAGACCUGGCUUCCGGCUUCACACAGACGGCAGGACCUGCCUGGCCAUCAGCUCUUGCACUUUGGGAAACGGUGGCUGCCAGCAGCAGUGCGUGCAGCUCACGGCGACGCAGCACCGCUGCCGGUGCCGGCCCCAGUACCAGCUGCAGGAGGAUGGCAGGCGCUGUGUCCGUAGAAGUCCGUGUGCAGAUGGCAACGGUGGCUGCAUGCAUAUCUGCCAGGCGCUCCGGGGCCUUGCCCACUGUGGCUGCCACACAGGUUACCAGCUUGCUGCAGACCGCAAGGCCUGUGAAGAUGUGGACGAAUGUGCCAUGGGGCUGGCCCAGUGUGCUCACGGCUGCCUCAACACUCAGGGGUCCUUUAAGUGUGUGUGCCACGCGGGCUAUGAGCCGGGUGCCGACGGCCGGCAGUGCUACCGGAUCGAGAUGGAGAUUGUGAACAGCUGUGAGGCUGGCAAUGGCGGCUGCUCGCACGGCUGCAGUCACACCAGCACGGGGCCCCUGUGCACCUGCCCUCGAGGUUACGAGUUGGAGGAAGACCAGAAGACCUGCACUGACGUCGAUGACUGUGCCAACUCCCCAUGCUGCCAGCAGGUGUGUGCCAACACCCCUGGUGGGUAUGAGUGCAGCUGCUUCGCUGGCUACCGGCUCAGCACGGAUGGCUGUGGCUGUGAGGAUGUUGAUGAGUGUGCCUCCGGUCACAGCGGCUGCGAGCAUCACUGUUCAAACCUGGCUGGCUCCUUUCAGUGCUUCUGUGAGGCUGGUUACCGGUUGGAUGAGGACCGCAGGGGCUGCACCCCCCUAGAAGAGUCCGUGGACCUGGAUGGCCAGCUGCCCUUUGUGCGGCCCCUGCCCCACAUUGCGGUGCUGAGGGAUGAGCUGCCUCAGCUCUUCCAGGAUGACUAUGGGGCUGAGGAGGAGGCGGCGGAGCUGCGGGGAGAGCACACGCUCACUGAGAAGUUUGUCUGCUUGGACCACUCCUUUGGCCAUGACUGCAGCCUGACCUGUGAUGACUGUAGAAAUGGAGGGACCUGCUUCCCAGGCCUGGAUGGCUGUGACUGCCCAGAGGGCUGGACUGGGAUCAUCUGUAAUGAAACUUGUCCUCCAGACACCUUUGGGAAGAAUUGUAGCUCUCCCUGCAUCUGUCAGAACGGUGGGACCUGUGACCCGGUGUCAGGAGCCUGCCGCUGUCCCCCGGGUGUCAGUGGCGUCCACUGUGAGGAUGGCUGCCCCAAGGGCUUCUAUGGCAAACAUUGUCGUAAGAAAUGCCACUGUGCCAACCGGGGCCGGUGCCACCGCCUCUACGGGGCCUGCCUCUGUGACCCAGGGCUCUAUGGCCGCUUCUGCCACCUUGCUUGCCCUCCCUGGGCCUUUGGGCCGGGCUGCUCAGAGGAUUGCCGCUGCGAGCAGGCACACACACGGUCUUGUGACCCGAGGGACGGCAGCUGCUCCUGCAAGGCCGGCUUCCAGGGCGAGCGCUGCCAGACAGAGUGUGGGGCAGGCUUCUUCGGGCCAGGCUGCCGACACCGUUGCAGCUGCCCGCCUGGUGUAGCCUGCGACCCUGUGAGUGGCGUGUGUCGGAAGCAGUGUCCUCCUGGCUACCAGGGGGAGGACUGUGGCCAAGAGUGCCCGGUGGGAACGUUUGGUGUGAACUGCUCUGGUUCCUGCUCCUGUGUGGGGGCCCCCUGCCACCGAGUCACGGGGCAGUGUCUGUGCCCCCCAGGGAAGACUGGGGAGGACUGUGGAGCAGAUUGUCCCGAGGGCCGUUGGGGGCUUGGCUGUCAGGAGAUCUGCCCUGCGUGUGAGCAUGGUGCCAGCUGCGACCCUGAGAGCGGAGCCUGCCUUUGUCUCCCCGGCUUUGUUGGUAGCCGCUGCCAGGAUGCUUGCCCAGCAGGCUGGUUUGGGACAGGCUGUCAGAUGAGGUGUGCUUGCGCCAACGACGGCCACUGCCAUCCAGCCACUGGACGCUGUAGCUGUGCCCCUGGGUGGACCGGCCUCAGCUGCCAGAGAGCCUGUGACAGUGGACACUGGGGGCCCGAUUGCGUUCACCCUUGCAACUGCAGUGUAGGCCACGGGAGCUGUGAUGCCGUCAGUGGUCUGUGCCUGUGUGAAGCUGGCUACGACGGUCCUCGGUGUGAGCAGUGGUGUCGCCAGGGGUACUUUGGGCCUAACUGUGAGCAGAAGUGCAAGUGUGAGCACGGAGCAACCUGUGACCAUGUCAGUGGGGCCUGUACCUGCCCAGCUGGCUGGAGGGGGAGCUUCUGUGAGCAUGCUUGUCCUGCUGGCUUCUUUGGACUAGACUGCGGCAGUGCCUGCAACUGCUCCGCUGGGGCCAGCUGUGAUGCUGUCACCGGCUCCUGCAUUUGCCCAGCUGGCCGCCGGGGCCCACACUGUGCCCAGACGUGCCCAUCCCUCACCUAUGGGCUUAACUGCAGCCAGAUUUGUACCUGUUUCAAUGGUGCAUCCUGUGACCCUGUCCAUGGACAAUGCCAUUGUGCCCCUGGCUGGCUGGGACCCACCUGCCUGCAGGCCUGUCCCGCUGGCCUGUAUGGCAAGAACUGUCAGCAUUCCUGUCUUUGCCGCAACGGAGGGAGCUGUGACCCCGUCUUGGGCCAGUGCACGUGCCCAGAGGGCUGGACCGGUUUGGCCUGUGAGAGUGAGUGCCUUCCGGGACACUAUGGAGCCGGCUGUCAGCUCAGCUGCAGUUGCCUUAAUGGGGGCACAUGUGACCGGCUCUCAGGCCACUGCCUCUGCCCAGCUGGCUGGAUUGGGGACAAGUGUCAGAGCCCCUGUGCCAAGGACAAGUUUGGGGUUCACUGUGAGGAGCGCUGUACCUGCCGGAGAGGUGCCCCCUGCCACCACGUCACGGGGGCCUGCCUCUGUCCCCCAGGAUGGAGGGGCUCACGCUGCGAGAGUGCCUGUCCAGGUGGCUGGUUUGGAAAGGCCUGUGCCCAGCGUUGCCACUGCCCACCCGGUGCCUCCUGCCACCACGUGACUGGGGAGUGCCAUUGUCCACCUGGCCUCACUGGCCCUGGCUGUGAGCAGGCCUGCCAGCCUGGCACCUUCGGGAAGGACUGUGCGCACCUAUGCCAGUGUCCUGGUGAGACCUGGGCCUGCGACCCUGCUUCAGGGGCCUGUGUGUGCGCUGCUGGUUACCAUGGCACUGACUGUCAGCAACGAUGCCCGUCUGGGCACUAUGGGCCAGGCUGUGAACAAGCUUGUAAGUGUCUCAAUGGUGGCUCCUGCGACACAGCCACGGGAGCCUGCUACUGCCCUGCUGGGUUCCUUGGGGCUGACUGCAGCCUUGCCUGUCCACAGGGUCGCUUUGGCCCCAGUUGUGCCCACAUGUGCGCGUGCGGGCCCGGGGCGGCCUGUGACCCUGUGUCAGGGGCUUGCAUCUGCUCUCCUGGGAAGACUGGCAUCCGCUGUGAGCGCGACUGUCCCCGGGACCGGUUUGGCAAGGGCUGUGAGCUCAAGUGCGCCUGCAGGAAUGGAGGCCUGUGUCAUGCUACCAAUGGCAGCUGCUCCUGCCCUCUGGGCUGGAUGGGGCCACGCUGUGAGCAGGCCUGCCCUGCUGGGCGCUACGGUGCUGCCUGCCUCCUGGAGUGCUCCUGCCAGAACAACGGCACCUGUGAGCCCACCACGGGUGCUUGCCUCUGUGGCCCUGGCUUCUAUGGUCAAGCUUGUGAGCACUCCUGUCCUCCUGGCUUCCAUGGAUCUGGGUGCCAGGGAGUCUGUGAGUGUCAACAGGGAGGCCCCUGCGACCCUGUCAGUGGCCGAUGCCUCUGCCCUGCAGGCUUCCAAGGCCAGUUCUGUGAGAGGGGGUGCAAGCCAGGCUAUUUCGGAGACGGCUGCCAACAGCAGUGUCACUGCAGCAAUGGUGCGCCCUGUGACCCCGUCAGCGGCCUCUGCCUCUGCCCCCCGGGGCGCACAGGAGCCAGGUGUGACCUGGACUGCAGAAGGGGCCGCUUUGGGCCUGGUUGUGCCCUGCGCUGUGACUGCGGGGGUGGGUCUGACUGCGACCCCAUCAGUGGGCAGUGCCGCUGUGUGGAUGGCUACACGGGGCCCACCUGCCGGGAAGCGCCCGCACAGCUACCCUCCAGCAGACCAGCACCCCAGCACCCCAGCAGCAUGAAGCACUAACCUGGAGGACUCCCUCACGGUGUUCCCACCACUGUGUCCAGCCUCUGCUGGUGCCCGAGAGGACGUUCACGGGACUCCUGGCUCCACGCCUCUUCCGGAAAGCUCUGGUCCCUGUGGAGGGCUGUGGCUAUUCACAUAGACACCUACG